GCUUCACCUGAAAAUGUCAAAUCACAAUCACAAAUGUCAAGUCAGUCAGUAAUAAUUAUUGUUUCAAAAGUCGUAAUUGUAAACUUGUAAUCGAGAAUCUAAACAAAAUACAAAGUGUUAAACGAUAAACAGUGUGGAACAUUUCAUGCACAAUGACCACAAUGGUUGGCUCGUCGUGGGAAGAGUUGCGGAAGCAAGCCCGACUGCUAGAAAAUGAUAUAGAUGUGAAACUGGUGGCGUUUAGCAAGCUGGGAGUCAGCUCUGGCAGUGCUGGGUUAAGCUCAGAGAGUGUGCCCCUGAUAAACAGUGAUGACAUGUUCGACACACUCUCUAUGGAACUACAACAAUUACUUAACAAGUUGUCUUCAAUAAAUGAUAAAAUGGCAGACUUGGCUCCAAGCGGCACUGCCACAAUGCACACCAUCAAGAGACAUAGAGAAAUAUUAAUGGACUACCAACAAGAGUUCUCCAAGACGUCAGCGCGGGUGAAUGCUCGGCGCGAACGCGAGGAGUUACUGCGCGGUGGCAGCCCGCCGCCCGCCGCCACCAUCGGCCUCUCGCGCCGCGACCAGUACACCAAGGAGGCCAACCACUUACACAGUUCCCACAUACUAGUGGACGAACAAAUCAACAUAGCGAUGGAGGCGCGUGAGCACCUCGCGUCACAGCGGCAAACCUUCAAACGGAUGCAAACUACAUUCAAUAACAUCACCAACAGAUUCCCAAUGCUGAACAGUCUGAUAUACCGGAUCAACGCCCGCAAGCGUCGCGACUCGCUCAUCAUAGGCCUCGUGGUGGCAGUCUGCACAUUCUUGUUGUUGCUCUAUGCAUUCCACUGAGUGCCAGUGCCGAGUGGUUGGUCAAUUUGCUUCGAUACGUCUACUAGGAGAGGUCUACUAACUAUACUUGAUUUGAUUAGGCACUGAACUAAAGAUAUACAAUCUUGUAAUGUGUUUUUGUUUAAAACUCGGAUUGAAAUAAAAAUUACUUAGCAAUUGAUCGAGUAUUUUAAGCCUAGUUUAUUCGUUUAAUAUUUAUUUGUGUAAACAGUAAUACCAAGGUUGUGUACCUAUAGUUAAGUGCCUAAUCAAAUGGAGUAUACAAUCGUCAACUAGGAACAGUCUACUAGUUUUGAGGAGUGACAAGUAGUUCUAAUAGUAACGGGAGUGUGUUAGACAUAUACCCAUUACUAUUUGAACUUAAAUUAUAACUUUACUUACAAUAUCUUCCCAUAUCCCAUAAUUAUAACUGUAUUUACUAUAGUGAUCUCUGUAUUGAUUAAAUCACAACAAAAUUAUGUUCUGCAAUACAAUGCAAAUGUUAAUUGUUGUAUAGUAGUCCAUUUUUUUAUCACAAUAUUGAGUAUUUGGUACUUGUAUGUGUUCUGGGAGCACCUCACCACUUUCCUAUUUCAUACUAAAUGUUGACAAUAUUCUGUAAAAAUUCGAUUGGUUACUAUGUAACGAAAUUGAUAUUGUUCAACUUUACCCAAUAAGAUGGUUUGUGUUUGUUCAUCUAUACUCUGACAUUAAUGUUUUCAAUGCAAGUAAAUUGUUGUUGUAACUCUCACGGCAUAGCAACUAAAGGAAUAAGAUCAGACUUGAUACGUGGGGGACCUAUUCACUUGAAUAAAGUUGUGCUUAGACUGUGAACGACAAGAUAAAUUAAAUUGUCGCAAUAAUUAUACCCACAACGAUUAGCGAGAACUAAAUAAUAUAUCCAUUCCUCUUUUAUUAUGUGACAUUAGCUGUUCCAUAAAAUUAGUACCAAAAUAUUGUUGCUUUUAUUAUUUCGUAUUUAAAGUGUAGUGUACGUCUAUUAUUAUAUAGGCCUAACAUAUUAUGUUAUAGAUGUUUCAUCUCACGAAAGCUGGGUCAGCUACAGUUGUAUGUGUAAAUGUACAUUGUCCUUGUAUGCGUAAGCUCAAGAGAGCUCUGUAUUGACGGAGUAUAAUCAUCGGCACGAAUCUUGAGCGCUGACCUUCACCUGCGCAGAAGUAAUUUAUUGGGUCCCUUUUGUGGUAUGAAGUGAGGCGCGGGGGCGGGCUAAAGCGGUGAUUGGCCCGCAGCGCAUCACGUCAUAGCCGUCACUCGGGAUUGGUUCUUUGCUAAUAAAUCACUUCUGCGCAGAUGAAGGUCAGAGCUCAAGAUUCGUGCCGAUAACUAUAGCAGUCAUACAAAAUGAUGUGUAUGGUGCAUGUACAGUUACACACACAAGUAAGGUUCACCCGCUUUCGUAAGAUACAAUACCUAUAUUAUAAAGUAAUUAUAGAUAAAUAUAUGUAAAUAACUAUCCUUUAUCAAAUAAAAUACAAUUUAUUUUAA